AUGCUCUUCUCAACCUCCGUCAAGGGCGCCGUCUUGGCCCUCGCCGCUUCGCUUUCGGCCGUCCAGGCCUUCGAGGACACCUCUCCUCUCAUGCUCCUCUCGAAGAAGAUGGUCCCCUCCGUCCACGAGCACAUCUCCUCGGCUUCGAUUGUCUCCGCCGACCACUUCGGUGACCUCGCCAAGAAGCUCGUUUCCGACUGCAAGGCCUCGACCUACGUCGUCGUCUCGCAGCCCGGCCUCCACGCCUCCGACUUUGCCUCGUCGUCGGCUGCCCGCAGCACCCCCAACUUGCGCAAGCUCUACGACCAGGCCGAGACUUCCUACGCUGUCCGCAACGCGCACGGAAUCUUCGAUGUCGAGUCGCUCGAGAAGCACAUCGUCGACACCUGGGGAGCUGACACCGUCGUGAUUGACGCUGCCUCUGAUGCUUUCUCGAUCCCCGAGAGCGAGAGCGAGGCCCCCAAGGUCGUUCGCAUUGAGUUCCCUGCUCUCCCGGUCGACUACACCCGUGCUGCUGCUCUUUCUGACAACGACGCUUUCUUGUCGUCGGUCAUGUCGCUCAUCCAGCACGAGGACUUCACUGUUGUGUAUGCUUCCACUCCCGUCUCGCGCCCGUUCGUUGCCAAGCGCAACCCGACCGUCGUGCGUGCUGCUGAGGAUGCCUACCCGAGCAACACCACCGAUGCCUACCCCACCGGUGUCUACGGAUACCCCACUGGCACCGCCUACCCUACUAUGAUCCCCGAGGGUGCCCGCACUGACGGCUCGCUCUUCACCCGCUACCAGUUCUUCACUGCCGGCCAGUUCAUGGGAAUCAUUGCCACCUUUGUCAUGCUCCUCAUCCUUGCCUUUGGCCUCAAGCAGAUUUCGUCGAUCAAGAUCUCGUACGAUGCGUUUGAGAAGGAGAUGGGUCCCCAGACCCUUGCCCAGAAGAAGUAA